UGUUAUUUUUGAUGUCUUGCUUAAUACUAGACGACACACACAACAUACAAGAAACGAAGCAAAAAAAAAAAAUGGAAAAGUCUAAAAUUGUGUUGGUCGAGACAUUGGAACCAAAAUUGUAGAUCUCUAGGCCAAAGAAUGUGUGGCCGAUUAGCAUAUUGAAAAUCGAUAAAUAAAAAUCAACCGCUGAAAACUCAAUAAUAGUGUUCGGCGCCAUUCACACUUCAUAUGUUAAACUUCAUUUACAACGAGGUUCAAGUGUAGUGCAAUUGUGUGACUUCAGUCGAUUUCAAGCACACCGUGCUAGCAUCCGCAUGAAACUUCAAAUGCAAAUCGAUUCAUAGGUUCAAACAGUGAAUUUAAUACACAUUGUAAAAUCAAUGAAUGGGCCAUUUUUUUCAUCCAAAUUUAUAACUGAUACUUAGCAAUUUUAGUACCGUGUAUAUAUAGCACUGAAUUUUAUGCGCACGACAUUUUAUUUUCAUGAUAAAUGUAUAAAAAAAAUCUAGUUUAAAAAAACAACAUCCAUGAUUGCUACACUUCCCUUAGAAAAUUGCUUAAGAGUAACAAAUCUACAGUGUUAGAUAAAAAAAAACAAAUUCCCGAAUACAGUGCAUUGAGCAAAUAAAAUAAAAGUGAAAAUUUACACAACAAAAAACUGAUAUUAAGAACUCGACCUAUUACUUGAUUACAAUAUUAUCGAUUUAUUCAAAGGAAUUUUUUUUUGAUCAAUAUAUACAUAUAAUCUAUAUAUAUUGAUAUGCUUAUGAAAAUAUUUGCCGCGUAAAUUGAAUGCAAUAUCUUAGUUUGUGUAAAAUGUCAAAUAGUUUAAUAAAAUUAAAUGAUCCUCUAGAAAUAUACAGUGGCCUAAUUAGAAACAAUUUAUUCUUGUUUGCAACGUAAAACAUUUGGCUAAUCGCGUACAUACAAUAUGAACAAUUAAAUUGAAUUUCAGGCACGUGAGCCUGCGCACCAUAAUAAAAUUGUGAAAUUGAUUUUUUUUUUAUUUUAAAAAAGGAAAAAUAACGAAGAAAUUUUAAGCGUUAAACAAUUAAGGGGUUAAUUUGAAAUGUAAAAUGUGUGAAUCAUAAAUACGAUACACACAAAACCGGAGCAUAAAACCGUCUUUUAAACUGCAUCAUCAACACCGACAUCACCCCGUAUAUCCGUUCGUUUCGACGUUGCAUACACGUUAAUCGUCAAUAGUUAAAUUGAAUCAAAUCUAAAAUGAAGACCAUAAAUCAGCUUGUUUAUUCAAUUGCAAGUAUAUUUGCUAUUGUAACGGCUUGUUCAGCAAUGCCCAUUAAUGUUCCAUCAAUGGAUCAUGCAAGCGCAGUGAUGAUUGGAUUAUUGGCAAUUACAUGUUUCAGCAUCACAAUAUUGGCUUGUACAUGCUGUCAUCGAAAUAAAAGUGGAUUUGAGCCUAGCCAAAUUAAGGACAGGAAGGAAUUUGAAAACGAGAAUACUAUCGCCGACCAAUCGAAUUCAGUUUCUGAAUUUCCGAUAUUCCGUGCCAUUUCACCAUUGAAUGCUGGUCAUACGCCGAAUAGUGCCCUCAACAAUUCAGAAAAUCGAAUUUUAUCGAAUAUUGUUAAUCAAAAUCAGAUGAAUCGCACAUUCAAUGAGUUUGAAAACAAUCAAAAUAAUAAUGGUCCAAUUUCCGUGGUCGAUAUGGAAAAUAUCCAGAAUAAUAAUGCUGUUGACUAUAUACCAAAUCGAAACGAAAUAAAUAAUACGAUUGAUCCAUUGCCGCAUGCAAUCGAUCGUAACUUAGUUGAUGUAAAUGGUGACAGUGGUAAUAGUGUGAAUGCAACAUCCGUCAUAAUUGAACAGUCUAUGCCAAUGCUAACUGCAUCUGAAUAUGAUAGCAACAUUGCCAGCGGUAGUAAUUACAAUUCAUAUUGUCAAUUAAAUGAAUUCAGUGAAUAUUGUCUCGACGAACCGCUGACUGUAAGUGAAUCGUUAAAUAAUUACAUUGACCUCGAAGAUGAUUCGGAACCACAAACACCAGCACAUGAUACACCAUAUCGUGCAAAUACACCGGACAUUAAGAUUCAAAAUCCCAAAUUGGCUUGCCCAAAUGUGACUUCCGAUCAAAAUAGUCGAUCAAAUACGGAAAUUAAUUUAAGCGAAGAUGAUGCGGUUAGCGUUGAAGAAGCAUUACGUGCACUUGAUUUUGCAAUUUCGGGUGGUGAAUCAAUUUUUUCUGACUACCAAGACGACACUUCAUCAUCAGAUGAAAGCGAAAAUGAGUCAGAAAUAAUUGAUAUGAAUAGAACGGUGAACGCCAAAGAUAGUUUUAACAAAAUCGAUGCUGAUUUGAAUGCGGAAAUCAUCUGCGAUAAUCGAAACAAUCAACAUAGUCGUGAAGAUGUUUAUGAAGUAGCAAAAGAAUUAGUUGAUAGUGUGUUGGAUGAAUGCAUGGAAAAAAUGUCAUUGAUGACCCAUCCGACGGAAGAGAUACUGAGUGAGUGUAAGAAUAUGAGUGAGAAUGAGUUAAUUGAUGCCAAACAAAUGAAUGAAAUGGACUAUGGCUUAAAUGAUUCGAUGGAAGAAACAUUUGUUGUUGGUAAAUUGGAAGCUAGUACACCGUGCCAUAAAACAUUUAUCAAUUGUCAACGUGAAAAGAAUGAAUUUCGAACGAAUUUAUUUCAAACAUUAGACGAAGUGAAUGAAAGUGCACUGGACAAUGAUGGUAUUGAGCCACUACAAGCAUCUCAGACACAAAUCGGUUAUGCAACAUUUGAAGUACAACCAAAUGAUACUCAAUUGGCAACAACUUACAUUAAGGAUGAUGAUAAAACAUUUAUAGCCACAAAUCAACCAGAUUUACAAGAAACAUUCAAUAUUGAAAGUGGUGAAUGCAAGCCACAGCUCGAAGUGCCAACAAUUAUUAAAAUUGAUAAAGAAGAAGUUAAUUCGGAUGAUUUAACAACGAUAACACCAAUGAACACACCGAUUGAAUUGAACUACGUUGGCGAAACGUGGGAUCAACUUGUAUCAAAAAGCAUGAACAAAAAAUCGAUCAAGUCACACGAUAAGGAUGAUGAAUUGCCAGCACCAAACUCAUUAACAAUUUCGAAAAACUCAUGGUUCUUACAUCAACCGCAAACCGAUGAUACAUUCAAUAUAAACGAUGCUGACUAUUCAAACUAUGAUGGCACCGACGAGGAUAGUGAAUCGGUCGAAGAGAAUCCAGAGUUGCUGAGCCUAACUUUUGAUGCGCUUCGCAAACAAUUGGCCGAUGUAUUGCCACAAUCUUCAGUACGACCAAGUGUUGAAUAUUCUGAUGACGAAGACAAUGUCAGUGACUCUGAUCCAGAUUGUGACAAUAUUGAAUAUCAUAACAAAUCGGAAAAUCCAAGAAGUGAGGUUUAUAUCAAUUACAAACAACAAUUAUCGCCUAUUCUUGAGGAAAGUGAAGACGAAACGUGCAAAACAUUUGUGUUGAACGAAACAAAAUGUUUAGACAGCACUAGCACUGGAUGCAUCGAAACGAGCGAAGCGAUAAUGGGCGUAACAAAAAUUCUCAUGGCGUCAAAUGAUACACUAUUCAAUUUUGAAGACACACUCGGCGAUCGCGAGGAUAUGUUAUCACCACGUAAUUUGACCGGUUCGGGAAGUGCUGCAACGCCAACCACACCACAACCAGAUAUUUGUAAAACACCAACAAAUGAAGCAUACCAUCAUGUCUAUCCAAUCGAGUAUAAGCCAAAUGAAAUCAAUACAUUCAACGAAAAUCAAAUAUCAACCGAAAUUCGGCCAAAUUCGUUGCAACUCAAUUUUGAGAAUCUCACAAAUAAUCUCGGUGAUUUACUAUCACCGGAACAACAAAAAACAUUUUCCGAAGAAAUCAACACAAUUGAACAGUUAUCUUCGGAUUUAUCAGCCACAAUUGAUGCUACAAAUACGUUAGACGAUUUAAAAACGUGCAUUUCCGUACAUUUUAAUGAUGACGCAAAUAGUGAUCGAUUAGAUGUGUCCGAAAAUGAUGCUAUUGCAAUCAGAGCUCAUAAUGAAUCCCAUUCAUUUGUCGAACGAGACGAUUUGUCACAAAAAUCAAUCGAUAUUUACCAAACACAAAUGCCAGAUACAUGCCAAAUUGCCGACGAGCAAAAUUCAAGUGAUAAUGAUGAAAGUGUGACAAAGGACAAAAAAUUCGAUUUAUUUGCAUUGGAAAAUAUAAAAGAGAACAAAAAUCCAAAUUUGGAUGCCGUCAAUUCGGAGGAAAUCAAACCAGAGGAAAAAAUUAACCACAAUCACAACCAAACUUUUGAUAUGAAACAAAUGAGUGAUAAAAUUAACUGCCAACCACAGCCAGACGCAGAACAAAAUCAUACAGAUAUCUUACACGAAUCGGUGGGACAGUUAUCUGGUGAAGAAGAUCCUUGGGCCGCACAUCCGAUAACCGAUAUACGAUUUUUGGGCCCUGGAUUUGAUGAUCGAAUGCAUCAAAUGACAGGAACAUUCGGAACAAAUGAUUGUUGGGAUAGCGACAUUGAAGAUAGCAACAGCAGUGAAGAGUUUUUGUAUGCGAAGGGAACUUCACAAAUUAGUGAAUAUUUAAGAUCAACAAAUCAGAACAAUAGCGAACAGAAUGAAUUGGCCAAACAAUCGGAGUUGAGCACUGAAUUGAGCACAGAUGAACAAAUCAAUACACAAAAUAUUUGGAAUAGUCAUGAAGAUUUAAUUGCGGUGACCACAAAAAUCGAUACUGAUGAUCUGUUAGAUGAAAGCAGCAUUUCCGAAAAUGAAACUGAAUGGGUACCAUCGUCAUGGGAUAAUCUCGCAAAACCAGCGCGAUCUGCCUUGAAAAGUCCAGAUAAAUCAAGCAGCGAAGAGGAAAUAUCAUGCAGAACCGGUACGAAGAACCGUCGCAGUGUCGUUUUCAAAAAGCAAAACUAUCAGUCAGUUUACGAGUAUCCCAAAGAGAGUGCAUCAUUUUCGCCAACAAUGAGCGAACCAUCCGGAUGGGCAACAUAUUUGUCUAGUUCCAGUCCGUUCAGUUCAAGCAUGAACGGUACAUAUGAAAAUAAAUCGGAUGAUCAAACAAACGAUGGUAAAAUUGAUUUCAACGCACUGGACGGAUUCGCUGUAUCCAGUUCAUCGAGACCAUUUCAUCUUACCAGCACCGAAUGUCAUACAUGGCCAACCGACUCAGAAUUUUCAUGGUCACAGAUGCAGAGUGAUAAGGAGCAUGCAAAUAUGAAUGUCAAUUAUCCAGCGGAUUCAUGGCCAACAAAUGUCGAUAGAAAUAACGGAACAAACGAUACGAAUGACGAAAGUAGAGAGCUUAAAAGUCCCAGCUCAAUGCAUCGGCCUGAUAGUGGUGUUGGAGAAUCGGGGGAUCUAUCGGAAUCAUUUUCGCUUGGAGACCUGUGUCAUACCAAAUCGUCACUACGACUCCCUUUGAAUGUGUACACUAUCAACUCAGUUGCAAAUGAAAAGGAAUUGAUACAGUCAACAACACCAGCCGAUGACCAAAAUGAGUCGAGUAAAAGCAUUUCGCAGAAUGAUUACAGUGAAAAUGUUGUAGCAUCUGAAUCAAUGGACUCAAUUGUACCAACAUCGUGCACCGGAUCAAUGGAUUCGAUAAACAGUUUUGACGGUGGAAAAAGUUCACUAAUUCAUCUCAAUAACAGUACAAAUACUGACGGCCUACUGCUGAUCAAUACAACCGAAACGAAAAACGUUUCACACGAAACGCCUAUCCACAACGAUGAUAUUAAUAUCAACACAAAUAAAAAAUGUGAUUACAAAACAACGGCCAAUCGACAAAGUGAUAGCACCGACGAAGACUCGGGAAUAGAGAACAUUGUUCGAGUUGCAAAGGAAGUUUAAAACAAAACAAAAACAAAAUGAACACAGUGUACACUGCACAAAAAAGUUUACAUAUAUUGAAAUGGAGCGCCUUGAGCGUUUCUGGAAAUGCAUAAAUAAAUCAUCUUUCAUUACAAUUA